AUGGCGGCACGAAGGGGCAUUGGCACCGUUUCUCGCGAUUACAAUGAAGCUCUACGCCUACUGUCGACACUUUACUCAAAUCGCCAGGCCACGAAUCUUUUCGACAAAUCAAUCGCCUCAAAUGCCUCAUCUGUACCACGAAAGGAUCUUAAUGCUUUAGCUAUUCCUGAGAUGCGCGAAUGGCUCCGACGUGCUGGAUAUGAACCAAAGGAUCUUGCACGCCUGAGACACAUCCACAUAGCGGGCACCAAGGGCAAAGGCUCCGUAAGCGCAUUUGCGACGUAUAUGCUACGGGAGUACGAGACUGUUGGAACCUAUACGAGCCCACAUCUUGUGAGUCCGCGCGAGCGCAUUGCUAUCCAAGGAGAGCAGGUUUCGCAGAAAGUCUUCGCCGAGGCUUUCUUUGAGCUCUGGGAAAGGCUGUCUGAAGCUGCUAAGAAGGAUGGCAAAAGCCUCACCGAGUCCGAAGGACCUGGCUCAAAGCCAUUCUUCUUCCGCUUCAUGACACUUCUUGCUUGGCAUAUCUUCCUGAGAGAAAAGGUCGAUAGCGUUGUUCUUGAAUGCGGUAUCGGCGGAGAGUAUGACGCUACAAAUGUGGUUCCUCCCGAGGCUGUUUCUGCUGCAGUCAUCGCGCAGCUGGGUAUAGAUCAUGUCGCGAUGCUAGGCAGCACUGUUGAGAAGAUCGCAUGGCAUAAAGCCGGCAUUCUCAAGCCAGGUGUGCGUGGUUUCGUCCGACGAAUGGACGAGAAGCCUGGCGUGAUGCAAGUACUUCGACAACGGGCAGCAGAAAAGGGGGCUGAGCUCAUCGAGUUGGAUGACGCCAGGAUCAACCUAUGGGGAGGUGUGAAUGGAAGACUGCUAGGUGACUUUCAAAAGUAUAACCAAGCUCUCGCCAUCUGUGCUGUACGACAACAUCUAGGUAUGAGUUUUGAACCCAAGGGCUUUUUUGUGAACUGUCAAGCAAGUAUGUAUAUUGGGCUCCGGGACGCAACUCUGAGAGGGCGCUGUGAGAUCAUUCAGCAGGGCCACAUUGGAUGGUACCUGGAUGGUGCACAUACGAAGGAUAGCAUUUAUGAGGUCGCAAAAUGGUUCGCUUCGAAUAUUGAAAACGAUGAAUCCGCAAUUCUGGUUUUCAACCAGCAGGAGAGGGAUGCAACACAACUACUGGCAAUAUUGCUUGACACUGUUCAAGAAUUUACUGGGAGAGAAAACAUAUUCAGUCAUGCGCUCUUUACAAGGAAUGACCAGGAUGGGCCUUCAAUGGACGAAGAAGCCAGAGAUCUGAGUGUGCAGACACGCGUGGCAAAGGUGAUGGCCAAAAGAGCAGCUAAUUGUGAGGUCAAGACAUUUGAUAAUAUCCAGGAUGCUGUAGCUGAGGCUAGAAAAGUUGCAGGAUCUCAUCAGAAGGUUUUGGCAACAGGGAGCAUGUAUCUUGUAGGAGGUGUUUUACGAGCGUUGGAGCCUGAAGGUCUAUUGUAA